UCCUCUUUCUCUCUCGCUCCCUUCCUCUCGGUAACUGAACAGUGAAAAUUCACAUUGUGGAUCCGCUAACAGGCACAGAUGUCAUGUGAAAACGCACAUGCUCUGCCAUCCACACCGCCUUUCUUUCUUUUCUUUCUGUUUCUUUUUUUUCCCCUUGCUCCUUCUCCCUCUUCUUUGUAACUAACAAAACCACCACCAACUCCUCCUCCUCCUGCUGCCCUUCCUCCUCCUCCUCAGUCCAAGUGAUCACAAAAGAAAUCUUCCGAGCCGGAGGCGGUGGCAUUUUUAAAAAGCAAGCACACUGGAGAGAAAGAAAUAAGAAAAACAAAAGCAAAACAAAAACCCAGACACCAGCAGCCAGGACAUUUUUUCGCCCUUCCUGAAAACAAACAAACAAACAAACAAACAACCAUCAAAACAGUCUCCGUCACCAACACCAAAACUGUUAACACUGCGACGGCGGCGGCGGCAGCAAACGUCACCCUGAGGCCACAGCGUCCGCCUAAAGGGAUGGUUUCCUCGGCAGCGCAGCUCUUCGCCGACCACCUUCACUCGUGCUGAGCGGGAUUUUUGGGCUCUCUGGGGUUCGGGCUGGGAGCAGCUUCAUGACUACGCGGAGCGGGGGAGCGGCCACACCAUGCGAGCACAAAUUGAAGUGAUACCAUGCAAAAUUUGUGGCGAUAAAUCCUCCGGGAUUCACUACGGAGUCAUCACGUGUGAAGGCUGCAAGGGAUUCUUCAGGAGGAGCCAGCAGAACAAUGCCUCUUACUCCUGCCCAAGGCAGAGAAACUGUUUAAUUGACAGAACCAACAGAAACCGUUGCCAACACUGCCGACUGCAGAAGUGUCUUGCCCUAGGAAUGUCGAGAGAUGCUGUGAAGUUCGGGAGGAUGUCCAAGAAGCAGAGGGACAGCCUGUAUGCUGAGGUGCAGAAGCACCAGCAGCGGCUGCAGGAGCAGCGGCAGCAGCAGAGCGGGGAGGCGGAAGCCCUUGCCAGGGUGUAUAGCAGCAGCAUCAGCAACAGCCUGAGCAACCUGAGCAAUGAGACCAGCGGCACUUACGCCAACGGGCAUGUCAUCGACCUGCCCAAGUCUGAAGGUUACUACAGCGUAGACUCCGGUCAGCCAUCCCCCGAUCAAUCAGGACUUGACAUGACUGGAAUCAAACAGAUAAAGCAAGAACCUAUCUAUGACCUCACCUCCGUACCCAACUUGUUUACCUAUAGCUCUUUCAACAACGGGCAGUUAGCACCAGGGAUAACGAUGACAGAAAUCGAUCGAAUUGCACAGAACAUCAUUAAGUCCCACUUGGAGACAUGUCAGUACACCAUGGAAGAGCUGCACCAGCUGGCAUGGCAGACCCACACCUAUGAAGAAAUCAAAGCCUAUCAAAGCAAGUCCAGGGAAGCACUGUGGCAGCAAUGUGCCAUCCAGAUCACUCAUGCCAUCCAGUACGUGGUGGAGUUUGCAAAGCGGAUAACAGGCUUCAUGGAACUCUGCCAAAAUGAUCAGAUACUGCUUCUGAAAUCAGGUUGCUUGGAAGUGGUUUUAGUGAGAAUGUGCCGUGCCUUCAACCCAUUAAACAACACUGUUCUGUUUGAAGGAAAAUAUGGAGGAAUGCAAAUGUUCAAAGCCUUAGGUUCUGAUGACCUAGUGAAUGAAGCAUUUGACUUUGCAAAGAAUUUGUGUUCCUUGCAACUGACCGAAGAAGAGAUUGCUUUGUUCUCAUCUGCUGUUCUGAUAUCUCCAGACCGAGCCUGGCUGAUAGAACCAAGGAAGGUCCAGAAACUUCAGGAAAAAAUUUAUUUUGCACUUCAACAUGUGAUUCAGAAGAAUCACCUGGAUGAUGAGACCUUGGCAAAGUUAAUAGCCAAGAUACCAACCAUCACGGCAGUUUGCAACUUGCACGGGGAGAAGCUGCAGGUAUUUAAGCAAUCUCAUCCUGACAUAGUGAAUACACUGUUUCCUCCAUUAUACAAGGAGCUCUUUAACCCUGACUGUGCCACCGUCUGCAAAUGAAGGGGACGAGAGAACUGGCUCACAGUCGUGGAGUACACCACCAUUAAGACGAAAGCAAUGUGUUCAUGAAGACUUAAGAAAAAUGUCACUACUGCAACAUUAGGAAUGUCCUGCACUUCAUAGAGUUAUUUUUCACCGCUACAGUUUGAAGAAUGUAAAUAUGCACCUGAGUGGGGCUCUUUUGUUUGUUUGUUUUGAAAUGACCAUAAAUAUACAAAUAUAGGACACCGGGUGUUAUCUUUUUUUUUUUUAAUUUUAUUCGGGUAUGUUUUGGAGACAACUGUUUAUAGAAUUUUAUUGUAGAUAUAUACGAGAACAGAGCGGUACUUUACAUGAUUACUUUUCCUGUUGAUUGUUCAAAUAUAAUUUAAGAAAAUUCCACUUAAUAGGCUUAUCUAUUUCUAUGUUUUUAGAUAGUUGAUGCAUGUGUAAAUUUGUAGCUGUCUUGGAAAGUACUGUGCAUGUAUGUAAUAACUAUAUAAUAUGUGGAAUAUUAUAUAUGACUAUUACUUAUACAUGCACACGCACUGUGGCUUAAAAUACCAUACCUACUAGCAAGGGAGGUUCAGUCAGACUCUCUUAUAUUAUUUACCUUCUGUGUUAUGUGUUACUUUUAUGUUAGACAAUCAGGGUUUUGUUUUUUCAGCCAGAGUUUUCAUCUAUAGUCAACAGCAGAUCGGUACCAGCUCAGAAAUAAGUCUACAAAGAAAUCCAUGUAAUGCACAGCCUCUGUAUAAAAACUCUUAUUUCUGUCAGUGACAUCAAAGCCUUGUCAAGAUGGUCCAUACUGAGUUGGGGGAAAGACUUUGGAGCCAUUUUCCUGUUUUGAGAAUUGGGCUGCAGAUAAUAUUGAAAGGCAUGGGAUGCUUUUUGACCAAACAAUUAGACAUUUCCUAUUUUAUACCAGAACAUAUAAAACACUGUUUUUCUUAGGAUUUGGAUUUCUGGUUGUGACAAAAACUUGAUUUUGGUGCUCAGUGUCUUCAACCAAAAAAUUACGGUCUGUGCAUUAUUACCACCAGCCAUUUGCUCUAGAAAAAUAACAGUAAAAAAAAGUAAACCAGUUCCCAGUGUCCAACGCCAUUUGGGGUAAAUAUUUUCUCUCAAAUCAUUUUUUGACAAAGAGGCAGAAGUAGAACAUACAAGGUUAAAAAAUAUUUCUUGAUAUUCAUCCUUAAGUAUUUGUUAGAAAAGACAACAAUAAAAUGGGGGAGGUAGAGCUUUCUAUGUCAUUCUAGCCUGGGGCUUCUAAUUUUCUUCAAUUUCAAAACAAUAUAUUAUUAAAAUAUAGCAAAAACUUGACAGAUUAAAAAAUAUAUAUUUAUUCUAUGGGAGGAAUAUACCCAAUGCCACAACUACUUUCUCUGCAGUUUGAAAUUGCAUUAUCCAUCCAUCCUAGAUUAUAUUUUUAGGAACUCUUAAACUUACAGAAUGCAAGAGUGACAUCAAAAUCAGAGAAUUUAGACAUUCUUGUAUAAGUUCUCAUCUCUCCAUCUAUUCUCAGGUAAAAUUAUGCAUAAAUUCCAAGACAUUUGUUUUGUCCAUGUCCCUGAGGCCUAUGUCUUGGUAUUAUCUGAGCCACAGUAAGAUUGUUAAAAAUGGAAACUAUGAGAGAAAUUUAUAUUAAGACAGUGAAAAUCACAGUCUCCUUAAGUGUAGGCCAGCCUGUGCAUAAAGACCUGCCCUUUUUCCCUUGUCAAACACACGGCGCUCCCCUCUCCUCAUACACACACACACACACAGACCUGCUUUGUAAAUUUCAAAUCAUGGGGACCUUGACUGUUUUUCAUUUCCUAUGAUCUCCUAAAGUUCAUGGUCGAGUGCCAUCUCCAUGAUGCCUCAGAACUCCUGAUUGAUGAUCAAGUGUUAGUCUUUUCCUUUUAGAAAACAAAGGCUUUUCUCACCUCAUGAUUGAUGAAUUCCAAACCAAUGGGGAAAAACAAAAAGGCUUUAAAAUAAUGAAUCUCUUUCUCGACUAGUUAUAUUCAAUUAAUUUAACUACAUUGAACCAAAUUACCUUUGGUUCUAAGAAGACAGCUGUAGACUGCUUAUUAUGCUGCUACAGGGACUCAAUUCUUUUUGGUAUAAAUGUCACUCCUGCUAGCUCUUUGUAUAAAGAAUUAAUUCCAAGAGUCAUAUUUCCUUCUAAUGGAAAGAUUACUUUACUGAUUGCUAGGAAAACAGGGUAAUGGAAGGCACUCAAUUAAACCAAGCCGUUUCCAAAUGCAAUGUAUGUUUUAUGAUUGGCUUGUGAUAGGCGAUGCUUAAUGUGUCUACUUGGUGUUUCCCUUUGAGCUUUGAACUUAUGUCAAACUUUGUUUUCAUUGUUCUGUUGGCCUAGUGCUUCCCAUUGUCAGCCUGUAAUUCCUACUCUGUUGCAAAGGGAAUCAUUCAUUGCCUCCAGUUUACCUUAGAGGAUUUAAAUUGGCUCAAUUGAUGAGGUAGCUGAGAAUUUUUUCCUCCCUUGUCCCAUGGGUGGUGUAGGAAAAAGAUUGUUCCCCGCAUCUGUCUCGGGAGAUACUGGUUUUGAUUUUGUGUCAUUUCCACUAGUGCAAGCAUUUCAUUGGGACUGCACGAACUUUUUGAAGCCAGGGACACAGGAAAAAGAGCUAGCAACUGAACCAGAACAAUGCAAUGGAAACCAACCAGUACAAGCUCAGCCCACUUCAGUUGAGAAAAGAGAUUUUCAGUUUUGGCUACAGUUGCCAAAUUUCCCCUGACAGGAGAAUCAAGUCAUGUUUUUCACAGUAACAAAGCCUUAAAAAGCUGCCCUUUUGAACAUCUCUUGUGACUACAGGUCAAGGUAUUUUGAAAAUUUGGUUAAGAACAACUUUCUUUACAACAUACAAUCCCAGCACUUUGUCCUUUCCCCCUGGGAACUAACAAACACACUCCUGAUAAGGUGUACAGUGGAAGAAGAAUCCAUAGUCUGCACUCCUCACUCCGUGCUUUGUAAAUGACAAUCACUGCAGAUGUUGCACUGUCUCUGCUCAGGGAUGUUUCAUUUUAAAAAAUAAAAUAAUAAAAAAAAUAUACAUCAAGAAGGAGGGAAAAAAAAACAGGAAAAUGACAACAAAAUUUCAAUGGCACAAAUUAAAUAUGCCAGUGAGAGAACCUCUCUGACAAGGCUUUCAGACCCAUGUGUAAUCACUUCAUGUCAUAAACUGAACUGGCCUUUAUUAUUUGGAUUUGCCUAAAAAUUGCAGACGAAUAAGGAAAACUUACAUUUAUUUUCUAAAAGCUUCUAAGAGUCAAAUAAUCAGGUGCUCCAUUUUUAGGAGUAGAUAUGCCCCCCCCAGAAAAUCCAAGCUUCCUAUGCAAAUCCUGAGCAAGAAAAAGAAGGGAAUCUAACUGGCAUUGGAUGACAUUGACAAGGGAAGUAAAGCUGUUUAGAUUUGAGUGCCAGUGUAUCUGUGUCCAAAGAAGAAAGAGCAAAUUUUGAAAGGAAAAUAAGAGAAGCCUGUCACAGUGGUGCAUGCCUAUAAUCCCAGUGGCUCGGGAGGCUGAGGCAGGAGGAUUACAAGUGAGGCCCUAAGCAACUUAGUGAGACACUGUUUCAAAAUAAAAAAUAAAAAGGGCUGAGGAUGUGACUCAGUGGUUAAGCCACCCUGGGUUCAAUUCCCAGUACCAAAAAAAAAGAAGAAGAAGAAGAAGAAAAGAAGAGGUUCCGAAUCUGUUUUCACAUCCCUCAUGACAACUUUCGUCAUUGAAAUAGCCCCUUUCCUGCGGCUCUUUUAUUGUCAAAGACUAAAAUCUGAGGGAAGAGAUGUACUGUAAAAAUGCUCUUCUGGAUUUCCCUUGUCUUAACACUGUCUUCAGGGUUCUGGAUAAAAGGACCUCUGAGUAGGUACAAAGAGGAAUAUCAUGGUCUCUGGGGUAAGUAGAUGUCUUUGGCAAAAUCUAAGAGACCCUAAAUUGUAAUGAACUCUGUAUGUCAACAAGACAUGUGAGAGAGACUUCAGUGUUAUUUCCUUUGUGGCUGCCUGGUUCAACCCCUAACUUCCAACAGUCCAACUAAACUGUAGAGAACCAGGCAGAUGGAGAGCCAGUGCACAUUCACUCUACCCUGUUACGUGUACCUGGCCUGAGUGCAAAUACAAUUUUUACGUUCCAAGGUCAACAGAAAACUUACAAUUCCCUCCCCCACCCAAAAAAAAAUCAGUCAGAGGCAAAUAAUGUCAAUGUCAUUCCAUGUUCUUUGUUUCUGUUUAUUAAAGAAACAAGGAAAAAUUCUACUGCUAUUGGAAAGUAGAGAAAAUAAUUUCUUCCCGAUUUUUUUUUUAAACAAUUGUUUCCAAUGAAGUUACUACAAUAGGUAGUUGACUCAGGCAGGGACAUCUAUAAUUGAACAGAAGCACCCGUCAAUAGAACAGCAAUAACUAUGGAGCACGCAUCUGGAGUGAAACUUUGCAAAAAGUCCCUUUAUAAAGAAGAGGGAAAGGCUGUCCAUCUGUUUUAGAUGAAGUGCUAUUUGAUGUGAUGUUGGCGUCUGCUAAUACAAACAGCAAAUAGAAGUGAAGGCCUGAUAAGGAAAACCAGGGAGAGCUUUCAGAAAAGACCUGAAAUCUCUUGGUGGGUAAGGGGGUGCAAGUCUCAGGCCCAUGUCCAUUUAAAGCAGAGGUUAUAAAUUCAAAAGCCUAAAAGGACCAGGGAGUGGAUGCAAAUGAGAGAAGCAGUCCAGCAGCAAGCUGGCAAGGAAAUAACCCACCUAACAGAGGACAUCCACUGUGAGGCUGGAGCUCAGCAUUGCUAGAGCUUCCAAGUCCUGUAAAAUGUCUUGAGCUGUAAAUAAGGGCAGUUGAUGCAGAGUGUAGACCAAACAAACACACCUGGGAACAGAAGAGUCCCCUGAGACUGCCCGCUGCAACCUCUGGUUUAAAUCAAAAUCACAGUCUAGCAGCCUAUUCAGCUGUAGAAAAUGUGGCCAGAUUCAUCCAAGGAUGACAUGAGAAUAAUACUAGUGUGGAAGGGAAGAAGGAGAGAUCUUGCCUUUCUGGCUUUCAGUUAAGUUUCCACAUGGAACGAUCACUACUCAAGGAUAUAGUUAGAGGUUGAUUGAACAGAAUGUUGGUAUAAAAAUGAAGACAAUUCAACUUAUCGAUGGCUAAUAAAAGAUACUUCUAUUUGUCUUGCCCAAAUUUCCAUCUUGGAUAGCCAGGGGGUUAGCUUUCUUGCCACUUUUUUUUUUAAAGUCAAAUGCAUGACUUUGUGUUUUCAAGUCUCAACCUGCAUGGUUCACUGGGUGGCUUCAAUAUUGCAACAAGUUCUUACUUUCCCUCAGUUGGACGCAUCUGAAGAAUUUAUUCUGUAAUCAUUGAUAGUGGGGUCCCCUCACAUUCUGAAGUGCAGACCUCAGGCUCCUAUGCACCAGAUGGGGGUUGUCUGUGCACUUUUUUCCUAUGAUAUUGAAUUUGUUCUGAAUUGAAUGGGCCAUGGUCAUCUUUGCCUCUUGCAUGACCAUUAAGCAUGACCUCCAGUGGAUCAGAGAAAGCAGCUCAGUGAUUAUUCUCGCCGCCAAAACGAAAGCACAAGGGUUACUGGAAUUGAAUAAGCCCAGUUCAGGAACACAGGGUGUCUGCUCCCCAGCUGAGCAGCACUUUAUCUCUUAUUCGACUACUCUCUUCUGGCUGUGGCUGAUGGUAAGCACUGUCGUGCCUCUGUCACUACCAUAUGUAGACACACGAGAGGUAUGUCUGAAGAGCUACAAAUCCCACAUCCAGACACGGUACCGUCUGCUUCAUCUGAUUAACACACACACAAGAAUGAAAACUACACCCACAGAAAACUGAGUAUGUAUUGUAGAAAUGUAGAGGAAAAAUAAAAUAUUUUUUCAAAUGUAAUUACUUUUAAUAUAUGCUUGUGGAAGGUCUAAUACAAUGUAUGCUGUCUCUAAUUUUUGCUGUAAAUAACUGGAGGCAGUGAAUACACUGAUUUUUCUAUGUCUCUGUUUAAGCAUAAGACUUUGUAACAAUUUUUUUAGAGGGGGAAAACAACAAAGAGCAAAUAUGUACUUGCUUCCUUUCUGAGUGUCAUGUACUUCUCAGUUUUUUAAUGGAAACUGAUUGUAACAGUUUAAGCAUCCUGACGGGUCAUCCGUGUUAAGUGUACGCUUCUUUUUGUAAUACAAUGGAGAAAGGGACAGGGCUGUCAAUUAAAUCUGCUCCAAAGAAUUUGAAUUGAAGAUUGGCCUAAGAACUGCAGACUCCAUCUGAACUAGAUGAUAUGAAAAAGAAAAGUUUAAAAAAAAAAUCAUUGUCUGAAUUAAGUCAUCUUUCCUUGUAGCAAAUGGCUUUGUCCAAAACCUUUCUGCAUGGAAUAGCUUAAGGAAAACAAACUCUGCUUUCUGAUGAACAAAAUAUUUUUGUACGCGUUUAUUUCUUAUUAAUAAUCUGAGGUCAGACCACUCAUUCGCUGAAGCCAUAACUGACCUUCACCAAAUAAAUGCUGUAAAGAACCUGGGGGAGGGUGGGGAGAGACUGAGAGGGAGGAAAAUCCAAGAUGUCAUGAGUAUAGAAUCACAGGCAGGAGCAAGUCCGAUGAAAUUGAUGCUUUUCCUGCAUCCCAAAUAUGACUUUAAAAGGCUAGUAUUUUAUGAGGAUCGAUUUAUAAUAAUAAUAAUAAUAAAAGAUAUUUAGAUUUAAAUGAGACUUUCCAAUAUUUUUUAAAUCCCUGACAAUGCUUCCUUGCGUUUAGGAUUGAGAGAAAUGAUUUUCAUUACUUCCAGCGUUCAGAGAUUUAAUGUUUUUACCUUAGCUCCAGCCUAUGCUUGCAAAGUGCAGAGGGACUCCAUGUCCUCCAGUGAUUGACACCAUGGUCUGUCUGGGGCUAGGCUGUCCCCACUAACCACCAUUGCACCUGCAGGGGCAGUGUGGAAGGGGUACAGUUUGCAUCUCAUUAGCAUGCACACCACUCUUGGCAAUGCACCAAAGUUGCAUUGCCAUGAGUAUGUAAAAUAAAAGUCUUCACUCUGAAAUGCAUAAUAAUUAUAUCUUUUUAAAAGAAUAAUGCCUCCUAUAGUCAACCAUUGAUUUUUCUGGAGUUUAAUUACAUCAUCGCCAUGUAUUCUUAUCAGCCUAUAGAGGCAAAAAGCAAACUACACUUAAACCCAGUGACAUAUAUAGUUUUUAAAUCUACAAUUUUCUUCUCUCUCUCUCCUUGUUUAAUAUAUAAGCCCUAAUUUCUGUGUAUGUGAGUAAAACUGCAGCCUGAGUCAUUUAGGAAGUAAGCAUUGAGUUUUUUUAAUUAUAAAUAUACUAGAUUAAAACAGCACUCCCUAACAAU